CUCAGUUCCAUCCAACAGGAGGUCUUGCUCACCACCAUACAAUUAUCAUGGCAGAUCGACAAGCGAGCGGCAGCUCAUCAGGACCGCCGCCAUCCGCAGCGAGUGGCUCAGCUCCCUCCUCUGCCGCUUCAAACGUGCACUUCGACCAGACGACCGGCAAAUGGCAAUACGAGGACCUCUCCACGGGCAUAGAGUACGAAUACGACGACCAAACCUCAACUUGGCGCCGCAUCAUCGACGAAGACGAGCUCAAGCAGCAGCAAGAUGCCUACGCAGUCUCGGGCGUAGAUGAAGAGCAGCCUGCCGCUCCUGUGGAGAGGAGGAUGAACAAGAAGAAGCGCAAGGCUGAGCAGGAGGGAACUACAGAUCCCAACUCUCUGAGUGGGGAGCCGACAAGCAGUACGCUGCCUGUCAACGAAGCCGGAGUCGUGAGAGAGCAGAAGAUUGCCAGAGGCAACGGCAAGGCGGGCUCUCCAUCAGGCUCAGGUGCCGCGUCAGGCGGAGCGUCCUCUCGCCCGCGCAUCAACUCCUCCCUCUUCAUCUCCUCGCUCCCCCUGGAUGCAACCGCAGAGGAAAUUGCCUCCGUCUUCUCACGCUACGGCAUCAUCUCAGAAGACGACGCGGGCAAUCCGAGAAUCAAGCUGUACACCGACCCGGCAUCAGGGGACAUGUUCAAGGGCGAGGCGCUGGUCACUUUCUUCAAGCCAGAGAGCUGCGAGCUGGCCAUUCAGCUGUUGGAUGGUACGUGCUUGCGGGCGGCAGAGGGGCAGAGCAAGCCUUUGAUGAAGGUAGAGAUGGCGGACUGGUCCAAGGCGAGUGGGGGCCAGCAGAGCAACGCGGUGGGUGCUAAGAAGGGGGCUGAGGGGUCGACAGGAUCUGCAAAGGAGAAGACAAACGAUGCUGCGAGCUCUUCAUCCGCUAGCGCAACGGCCUCGUCAUCCGCGGACCCAGGCAAAGCCUCAGCCUCAAGCUCAAACGUCAAGCGCCCACCACCGCGGACCGAGGCCGACAAGAAGCGUGCAGCCAAACGCUACGCCCGAAUGGCCGACAAGCUCUCGGGCUGGGACUCCGCCAGCGACGACGAGGAAUCGGCCUCGCUCCGCUCUUCAGGGAUUCGCGCGGGAUACGCCCACCCAACAUCCCGCCUCGUCAUCCUCAAGCGCAUCUUUACCCUCUCUGAGCUCGAGGAGGAUCCGUCCCUCCUUCUCGACCUCAAGGGCGACGUCCGCGAGGAGUGCGAGGCUAUCGGCGCAGUGACUAGCGUGACGUUGUAUGACGAGGAGCCGGAGGGGGUUGUUACUGUGAAGUUUAAGAGGGUCGAGGACGCGAGGGAGUGUGUCAAGAGGAUGGACGGGCGAUUCUUUGCACAGAGGAGGUUGGAGGCAUUUUUGGCCGAAGGGAACAAGGUGCGAUUCAGGAGGAGUGGCAGAGGGGGAGCGAGUGAUGCGGAGGAUGACGACGAGGUGGAGGAUGGGGAGGGCAAGGGGAAAGAUGACGAAGGGAAGAGGAGAGACGGAUUUGGGGAUUGGUUGGAAGCUGGUGGUGACGAUUAAGCGAUUAAGCGAUUGGAUAUAGUAUGAGUACAACAAGCUAGAAAUGGGUCGUUCGUGGCGGCUCUACGCCACCUUCUUCCUGACAAUACCAAGCGCAUUGCCCUUCU